GACGAGGACGAAGAAUAUCCUACUGUUACCAGAAGUGCCGCGGCCUCUUCCGGCAAUUAUUUUUAUCGGUCUCGUCGCCACAAAACGCCAACUCGAAAUGUUCAUCCGGUUUUUAGCACUACCGACGCACACCCCCAUCCCACGCGGAAGCAACCAGAAGAAGCAAACAUGGUAGUUAAUAAUAACAACAAUGCCAUCAGCCCCAAAAUUCAAGAAUGUACCUGUGGAUAUCAAAAGGAACAAGAUCUCUUGAAAGAAAAUGCAGAGCCUCUACCACCACCACUUCCUCAACCAGUUUAUUCGGUUCACAAGAGAGUCUUGCCCUCCAACCUUACGGCACUGUCAUCACCAUUGGGCCGACAAUUUCUCUUGGAAAGCAUGGCGGCUCUCACUGCAGAAUCGUAUUGGGCACUCACGGAACAAUUCGUGAACCAGAGUGAUCCGGCCUAUUGCGGGGUCACCACUCUGCUCAUGGUAUUAAAUGCCAUGAACAUUGACCCCGGUGUUCGAUGGAAGGGUGGCUGGAGAUUUUAUGGAGACGAAGAUGUAUUGCUACAACGCUGCUGCUUGAACAAGGAACGCAUUCGACGAGUGGGAAUCACCAUGGAACAAUUCAUGAUUUUAGGAACCUGCCACGGAACGAGAAUCACCAUGAAGAGACCGCCCCCGCCAGCAGAAAACGACAAUAAUCAUUAUUCCGACAGCAUGGACACUUCUUCUUAUUCAUUGCAAGAAUUUCGAAAGGACUUGAAGGAAACACUGGACAGUCAAUUCAACCGGGAAAAUUCCAUGAUUGUUACAUCGUAUUCUCGUGCGGCCCUACAACAAACUGGUGACGGACAUUUUUCUCCCAUUGCAGCCUUUCACGAACCCUCGGACCACGUUCUUAUUUUGGAUGUGGCAAGAUUCAAGUACCCCCCUUAUUGGGUAUCCGUCAAGGAGCUGUACGAGUCCAUGCAACCCGUGGACGAAGCAACCCAGCUGCCACGAGGGUGGUAUGUCAUGACACCACCUUCCAACGCCGUUCAUCACUCGUAUCAAAUGACGGAUGAAGAUAGACGACCGGCUCAUCUUGUGCCUUUGGCACAUGAAAAGGAACCAUGUCCCUUGGGUGAAAUCAAGGUUCAGUUCUGCCCCGCCAAAGCCAAGGCAGAGAAAGAAGCGGGAGUAGCCCCCAAAGAGCUUCAAUGA